AUGUCCACUUGUCAACUCAGAAUGGCUCAAGCAUUUCACGUCUCUUCCUCCCUUCCCGGACAUAGUCCGUUAAAACCAAGUAAUUGUGGCUCCGACCUGGCUGCGCGCCUCAACGCCGCGACUCUGGUGGAGUCUGCGCCCGAUGAGGCACCACGCACAGCAAGGUCGGAGCCCAAGAAGGUGAUUGUAGUUGGUGCUGGAAUUUCAGGACUUCGGGCCGCGGCGGUCCUGCAGCGUCACGGCUGUGAAGUCGUCGUGCUGGAAGCUCGCGAUCGCAUCGGUGGCCGAAUCCUGACCAGCCGGAAUGGAGAUCAUGUUCGAGAUAUUGGUGCUGCCUGGAUGCACGAAACUUCCCAGAAUGGUCUGGUGAAACUCAUCCCGAGGCUUAAAAUCCCCUAUUAUUAUGACGACGGCGCCCCGCUCUAUUUCACCCGAGAGGGUCGUGCCGGCUCGCAGUUUAAGGCGAAGAAAGUCGCCGAUGAAUUUGCGGAUUACUGCGAGUGGUAUUACGAUACCCACCCCGACGCCGAGGAUCGUCCCGUCGACGAAUUCGUCCGGGAAUUCGUCCUCGAACACCAGCUGAUCACUGAUAAUGAUCGCAUUUGGGCCCCCCAGGCGAUUCGAGAGGUGGAACUAUGGCUCGGAACCAGUACAAGUCUGGCCUCGUCGAAACAUUUGUCCUACUUUAUUACCGAGCGAAACCUAUACAUGAAAGGCGGAUACGAUCGCAUUGUAAAUUGGACCGCCCAACCCCUCAACGAGGAUCCCAGCAUUAUCCGACUCAACCAUCACGUUGAGAACGUCGAAUGGAACGAAGAGGGUACCACGCCCGCGCGCAUUCACUACAGAGAUGCGACCGGAGCCCCUGGAACGAUUGAAGGAGAUGCCGUGGUGAUGACCUGCCCACUGGGCGUCUAUCAUCACAACCUGAUUAAUUUCACCCCGCCCUUGCCGAGUGACAUCCAAGAGGGUAUGUCCAAGUUCAGCUACGGUGCACUUGGCAAAGUCUUCUUUGAAUUUACCGAUGUAUUCUGGCCCAAAGACAAUGACCAGUUUAUUUUCUACCCCUCCCCCUCGGAGGAAGACCUGGACACCAUGUCCGGAUCCUCCGUCGAGUCAUCCAACAGCAUGAACUCCAUACCAGAAAAGGAUAACAUCCUUAACUACGCCACCGUCACCAUCAACCUCUGGAUCAUGACCGGCGGCAAGGAGCUUUGCGUGCAGAUCGCCGAACCCCUUACUCAGCGCAUCGAAGCGAUGACCGACAAGAAGGAGAUCUAUCGCUUCUUCGAACCCCUCUUUAAACUACUCCGCGCGGAGCCAUAUAAAGCUCUCCCCCGCCUGGUCAGUGUUGAAACUACACACUGGACCCAGGACCCGCUGGCCGGGUACGGGACCUACUCUGCCGACAAGGUCGGCGAUGACCCGGAAUCUCUAAUCGAAGCAUUUGAAAAUCACAAGGACAGCACCUUGCAGUUUGCAGGUGAGCACUGUACCAUGGUGGCAAAUGGCUGUGUGCAUGGUGCGUAUAAGACGGGUGAAACCGCUGCGUCUAACCUGCUGCACACAUUUGGUAUUCCGUACGAUAGACAUGAUGCCGUCAGCGAUGCCGUCCUUGCCAUU